AUGGCCAUCACUGCCGACGUCAAGAGCCAACUGUUCCAGCCCGCGACCGCGGGCGGCGAGCUCAUCCGCCUCGAGUCGCCUCCGCCGUCCCCGGGCUCCAGCUCCAGCUCCUCGGACAGCGAGAAGCUGUCGCCCGGCAGCACCAACGGCCGCGCGUGGACGGCCGAGGAGCACAACCGCUUCCUCGAGGGCCUCGAGCUGUUCCCGUCCGGCCCGUGGAAGGAGAUCGCAGCCCACGUGGGCUCGCGCACCACGCGCCAGACCAUGACCCACGCGCAGAAGUACCGCGAGAAGAUCGCGCGCCGCAAGCGCGGCCUGCGCUCGUCCGCCAAGACCGACUCGCGCUCGCUCAAGCGGCGGCGCGACCAGAAGCAGCACAAGCGCGACGCCGCGUCGCCCUGCUCGGUGGCCGCGCCCUUCGCGCCCACGUCGGCCCGGCGAGGCGUGGACCCCAUGGACUUCCAUGGCUGCUUCAUGCCGGCGCCCAUCGUGACGCUGCCGAGCCAGUGCCAGCAGCAGCAGCAGCAGCUCUACCCGUACGGAGCAGGCCCUGAGGCCGAGUUCUCCAACUUCGCAGCCAUGCUCUGCGACUUCGACCCGCUGCCCAUGUCCGAGGAGGAGAUCGACCUCAUCCUCGAGGCCGCCAUGGUGCCGGGCCCCGUGCACCACCACACGGGCGUC